AUAUGAGUGAGCUCCUAUAUUUUCAUGUGCUCCUGUUAACAAUUUUUCAAUUCCAGCUAAAAUGGAAUGUUUCUGGCCAUUAAGAAAGGAGACAGAAAUAGUAUGUCUGUUCUUUUCUAGUGUAUAAAGCGCGGAGCUCACAUGUAUGUACGUGGCUUGCGCAUUGUGCAGUAUUCCCUCCCUCGUGCUACUUGCUGUUUGUAUCUCAAAUUUGACAUUACUGUGAAUUCGGUUUUGUUUCUGUCAAGUCCGUGUAAAAUAUUUGGAAGAGAAAUAUUGUUGAUAAUAUGGUUUUACCAAUAAAUGAGGAAAACCUACAACAAAUAUUGGAUAAGUUAUCUCAAGAUGAGGUUUCUAUAAAGAAAAAUUUAGAUGCCAUUCUUGCUCGACGAUGUCAUGUAGAGGCAAAGCUACAAAAUAUUGGCAAAGUGUUACCAAAUGUUAUAGUAAUACACACAGAAGGAAGAAAAUUUUGUGAUAUGAUUGCUUGUACUAAUGAGUUAGCAGAAAAUGUUAGUGCUAAAGUGAGACAGCUGGAUUUAGCAAGAAGCAGAGUGUGCGAAUGCCAAAGUAGAGUAAAUGAUAUAUUAGAUUUGCAAUUAUGCAGUGAGGGAGUAGCAACUGCUCUGCGUAAUGAGGAUUAUGAACAGGGUGCUGCUCAUGUUUAUCGUUACCUAACAAUGGAUCAGCAAUUGCUGGAAAGAACAGCUGAAGACAUAUCUGAAGAUCACACUAGUAUUAGCAGUUCCUUGAUUACCUUGCAACAAGCCGCAAUGGAAUUGAGAACAGUUAUUACGCAUAAAUUUGAUGAAGCUGUCAAAUCUGAGGACUUGGCAUCUGUUGAACGAUUUUUCAAGAUAUUUCCACUAUUAGGGAUGCAUUUAGAAGGACUAAAAAAAUUUUGCAGUUACUUGUGUACUAAACUGCAUGAGACUGCACAGAAGAAUCUACAAGUGGCACUAGAGAUUAAAAGUAACGAUAAAAGAGCAGCUGUAAUUUUUGCUGAUACUAUGACUCUUUUAUUUGAAGGAAUUGCGCGUAUUGUAGAAGUCCAUCAACCAAUUAUUGAAACUUAUUACGGUCCUGGCAGACUUUUAAUGACCAUCUCAAUUUUGCAAAAGGAAUGUGAUAGGCAAGUCAAGAAGAUUAUUACAGUAUUUACAAAACAUAGAAAUAUAUCCAAGAAUGUUCAGAUAAUAAAUGACUAUUUGCGAAAACCAAAUCCUGAAAGAUUCGAUCCCAAAGAGCUCGAUCUUCUUUUGGGAGAAAUAACUAUUAUGCAUUCAAGGGCAGAGCUUUACAUACGUUUUCUAAGAAGAAGAAUUAAAAACGACAUAGAGAUCAGUACAACAGACGAGACGCAACGUACUGAAUUAUUGAAUGAAUUUGAAACGACUAUGAAUAAUUCCGAAUUGGCGCAUGGCAUGCAAGAGUUGCUUGGUGCUUAUCUUGCAUUAGAGAGAUAUUUUCUCGAGGAGAGCGUAAAUAAAGCUUUGGGAAUAGAUGCAUUGGAUCCUGAUCAGCAAACUUCUAGUAUGGUUGACGACGUAUUUUUCAUAGUGCAGAAGUGCAUACGACGCGCUAUGUCGAGUUGGAGUAUAGACGGUGUUUGCGCUGUCGUGAACAUGGCUUGUGGUAUUUUGGAAGGCGAAUUUGCAAACAGAUUAAGAAACAGAUUACGCCAGGGUUAUCCAGCGGGUUACUUAGAUCUGGCACAAGCGUACAGUGCUCUCCAAACGAGCAUACAGCACGGUCGUUUGCAAACGUCUGACACAGAAUAUGCUCGUCUUAUGUUUUUGGCAUACCUAAAUAAUACCGAUGUGAGCACAGAGUAUGUACAAACAUUGUGCAAAAGUCUCAGUGUUGAAAUAGACGCAACGUUUCCCAACAUGCAAAAGAGGGACAGAGGCAAAAUUGAUAGUUGUUUAGCUGGUCUGAAGGGAGUUAUAUUAAUUUUACGUGGUGUUAUCGAUUACGGUCUAGAACAGUUACGCGUCAGUGCUGUGAAACCUAGAGUUACUCCAUGGGUGGAUGCAUUUCUAUCCGUAGAUCAUCAUAUUAAUGAGGAUGAAUUGUUGAGAUACGAAACAGACGAGCCAUUUGUGCAAACGUUAGUCACGAACCUGGAGAGUCUACUUCAAGGAUUCAAAGAUAGUCUAACAACUUCCAAUUACGAUGCACUUAUCGGACUUUUGACCGCGGAAGUUACAGCGCGUUUAGAAAAGGUGGUCUUGAAGUCAACUUUUAAUCGAGCAGGUGGUUUGAUAUUAGACAAGGAAAUAAGAUCGUUAGCCAGCUAUUUAGCAGCUGCCACGUCAUGGUCCAUAAGAGAUAAAUUCGCGCGUUUAACACAAAUCGCCACUAUUCUGAGUAUAGAAAAGGUCGAAGAACUCGCUGAUUACUGCGGCGCGGAUGCGAUAGCGUGGCGAUUAACACCAUCAGAAGUUCGACGUAUCGCUUCUUUGAGAAUAGAUUUUCGGCCGGAAGACAUAAAGAGAUUGAAGCUAUAACUUAUUAUCAUUCAAUAAUAAAUAUUGAGCAAAACGUACAUGUGCAAUUGAAUCAAAUAUUGCAGUUUAAUUGGGGCUCUCUUUAAUUGGCUUGUCAACUUAAGCCCUGAGGGAUACGUAAUUAGAAGUA